AUGGUGUUCCCGACUCCUGCACCGACGCCAUCUCCGUGUCCGGUCGUCGAAUACGACGUCGACUAUGUCGGCAACGACAUUUUGUUCACCUCUCGCACCGACUACCGAGACUGCUGCGGCGAUUGCCAAGCUACCGUGGGUUGUUCGCUGUACGUAUGGGGACCCGAUGACGGGGGCCGAUGCUACUUGAAGAGCAAGAAGGGCGCGGCGUCCGCGUACACUGGUGGUCGCGCGGGUGUGCUGCCCAUUGCUGCUCCGGUCAUGCCCAUCUCGAACGUCAAGGCCGACGUGUACGGAGUCAACUCGUUGCCACCCACAGCAUUCAACUACAUCGUGGGCGCGCAGUGGAUUGACCAAACCACGCUGACUGCCGUGAACACUCAAGUGGAAUCGUUUGUGGCGAUCAACAUGGCCAACAACUUUUCCCACGCGUCUGGCUCCGUUGAGACCAUUGAAAUGGAACUCGGUUUGACUACCUACAUCAACGUGACGUCCGCUGGCGAGUGCGCCGACAUGACGGCCACGUACAAGAACAACUUUUUCACGUACUGGCCGACCAAACUGUACUGCUUGGUGCACGAGCACACGACCGCGACAACGCUGCAAAUGAUUACAGCGACCGGGCAAGCCAUCACGUUUCCCCAAGACUCGGACCCGGCAUACCUCAGUGCGGCUCUCAACAACGUCGCCACCAACGCCGAUUGCGUCCAGGCGUGCAGAGUCAAAGGCAACUGCGCUGGUGUCGAGUACGUCAGUGCGACGAAGACGUGCAGCUUAUACAAACCACAACCCGCGACGUUCUCGGACGUUGUCGCGGGGUGGGUGUACGAUCCCGUGUCGAACGUAGACAGCGGCGGCAUCCAGUACUCGCAGAUGACCAUGUCGGCGCUUCCCGCCGCACCAAGGCGAACACGCUGUUUGGCUACAACGCCAACUCCAAAGUGUGCGUGA